AUGUCGGGAUUUGGGGGGGUUGCGCAGCUCAGAAUCCAGUCUGAUUCCACGAUCACUUCCUCGGAUUCGACCUCUGACGAUGAUCGCACAUUGGAAUCACCAGAAGGUCUUGAAAGUCCGCCGGCACUGAUACCAACUAGAUCUGUACGAUCAAUAUCGCUAAAUUCAGCGCUGAAAAAGGCGGAUCGACGGGGUGAUAAAAAAGCUGUGCAUUUUGCGGAUUCGCUUGGCUUGGAUCUUGUUAAUGUUCAUCCACUUCAGUCUUCAGGCUACAGUUCGUUUGAAGAUUUGUUCAGCAGCACACCACCACUGUACUUCAAUGGGUAUCUGAAAAUUAUUGAUUCCACAUUACAUUUUACUGCUUCGGAGCGAUCAGUCCUGCACUUUUGUUCCCUUUACGUGUUGCUUGCCCAGUUACACUUUGCGUCUAAAGAUUGCUACGGUAAUGCGAAUAACGGUGUGCUAAUGAUUGUAAACUAA